AUGCUCAGUGUUGGCCCAAGCUCCAGCUGUGAUGUGUGCUUCGAAUCUUUCGACACCAACCUGAAAGCACCCACUUCAAUAACAUGCGGGCAUGUCUUCUGUAACCAGUGUGUCCUCCAAUUUCGGGCUGCACAAAACAAUACGUGUCCCAUGUGCCGGACUACCUAUGACUUCCGCUACUGCGCGAAACUUCACAUAGACGCUGAUAGCCUGGCUUCGGAGCAGCAGAAGGCGGGUUGUCCACCAGAGGAUUUGGCACUGGCCGCCAGGCUCCACCGGGCAAUUAGCGCCAUUGCAGACGAGGGUAUCUCUGAACAAGACCUCCGCCAAUUGAUCAUGGACGCCAAGGCUUUCCUGCAUACACAACCCCGUAACCUCCAUAAAGACCUUAGAAUCGCUUAUAGAAUGAUAUCAUUUCUCUGCGACACCAAGUCGGCGUUCCGCACCCAAACCAAGGAGGUACAUGCUUUGAAGAAGGAGGUGAAGCAGCUAGAGGAGUGCCGUGCGGAAAUUGAGAAAUUGCGGGCUGAAAAUGAGAAUUUGUCGCAGGAGGUUGCGAACUUGGAGAGUGAGCAGACGAGACUGCAGAAAGAGCUGGAUGAAUGUCAGUCUACCCGGACGAUGGAACGCGACACCGCAGAUGCCGUCGAAGAAAGCCUGAGAAGGCACAUUGAGCGCAUUCGCGCCGAUGCAGCAGCAGCCAGAGAUGCAUACCUUGGAUUGGUUAGGAUGGUUCGUGUCUGCUUUCUUGCCAUUCAGACUGAAUUUAAUCUCAUCAACAUAUACUUACCACAGAGCAACCGCCUUUCUACGCAAUAUGAAGAACUCAGAAAUCAGCUUUCUCAGAGAACCGUCAACGCUGGUCAAUACAGCGAGACAUACAAAUCGAGCAAUUAUGUUUAUUCUAACUCCUCGUCUGACCUCGUCAACCCUCUUUUGGACCGAAGAGCACUCCAAGGCGUUGCGAUGCAGGAUCCCAAAACACCAUACCUAAUAUCUCCUUUGCCAGAACUCACUACAGCCCUAUCUGACGUUCCACUUCCGGAGCUGGACGAGGACAACGAAGAAGAUGACGAAGAGGAAGAAGAGGAAGAGGAAGAUGGGCUGUCUACACCCGACAGCGACCACCCGAAUGAACGAGAAUUCCGUACCCAGUUACCUCCCUCAGCUGAGAUGGCGCAGCCACUACGGUCAGCCCUCAGGCCAAGCUACGAACCUUCGGGGUUGUCGCGGACAGCACCCAUUUCGGAAUACCAAGGUCGUGCCAGAUCGAGUUCCAACCCCAUCGAACACGUAUCACGGAGCCAUAGCCCCGCCGAAAGUAUUGUGAAUUCCACACCUCCAACCUCGCCCCCAGAAGAUGCGAACAGGACGAGGCAACACCAAUUCUCUGAUCAUCACCUGCACCCUACCUACAACUACUAUCAAGCCAGCCGAGGCCAGCCCAUACCAUACAGUCGGAACCAACGCACGGAGAGCGUUACCUCCUCGACGCCAUCAUCCUCAUCAUCGCCUUCUCAUCGUGUGCAAGAGGAGGAACAGCAGCAUACUUCACGUUUUCCAUCUCCCUCGCUAACGACCACGCCACAGCCGAAUGCAUACCAGUCGCGUUCCACUGCUGAGCAGCGUGCAGCUCCCGCGCAGCAGGACAACGUGUCCAGCCUCGCGCGUCUGCAGAGCAUUUUGACCGACACGCACAGUUCUAGUUACAGUACCAGUUCUAUCUCGGCGUCCAUGCCGGCUCUAAACUCUGGAAGACAUUUCCCUCCUUCUUUCAGCAUCAGCAAGGGCAUUGGUAGCAGCAGUAGCAGUAGCAGUAGCAGUACUGCGGUUCGUGAGGCUGCGGUUCAGCGUGAACAACGUCCAUCGCCACCUUUACGUACGGAUUCGUCUGCCUCGACUAGUUCAUACUCGAAGAUGUCUAAUCAGAACACCUACGCCAAGGCACAAUCUUCGACCAGCGACCAAUUCAGCCACCUCCUCGCGUCGCAUUACCAGUCCUCAUCGUCAUAUACACCCAUGCCCUCUACCUCUCCAAACACUCAGAAGAUGUCCACGGCCAGCGCGCAGGCACAGAAGCUUGAAGCGGAGAGGAGGGCGAGGAGGAUAGCUGAGGAAGAGGAGAGGGCUGAGCGACACAGAGCAGAACAGGAGCCACCACCACCACAAAAACUGUAUUCAGCUUCAUCAGCUGCUGCUGCCGCUGCUUCUGCUAGGAAAGAACAGCAACAACAGUACUAUUCUUCGUCGUCGUCGAAUAAUCGAAGUCUGCAGUCGAAUGGUCUGCCAGCUUCGAAUUCUUACUCGCGAAGCUAUGACCAGGGUAUAUUCUCAUAG